AUGCCAACUCUGCAGAUACUCCCACUGAGAGAAGAGGCAAAAGCCUUGUACGCAGGCCAUGGUACCUUCCAUGAUGGCGAUUCAGGCCUCGAUCUCUUCAUCGUGGAGCAAACAUCGAUCGCCCCAGGCGAAACUAAGUUCUUAAAGCUGGGUUUUGCUGCUUCCAUGAGAAAUGAGCAAGGAAGGGCUGUUUCAUGGCUCGUUCUGCCAAGAAGCUCCAUUUCGAAAACGCCGCUUCGACUCGCUAACUCAGUUGGUUUGAUAGACGCGGGGUAUCGGGGAGAGCUGAUGGCCGCCGUCGAUAAUGUUAAGUCGGAGACCUUCACUGUGAAGCCAGGCGACAGAUACUUUCAAGCGGUCGCUUUUAAUGGCGAAGGUUUUAGUUUGCAGCUAGUCGAUUCGCUCGACGAGACCUCCCGCGGCAGUUGCGGCUACGGGUCGACGGGUGUCGCAGACAAGGGGCCUCAGCAAAAAAAGCAGAAGGCAGAGCAAGAUGCGAUCGAGAUAGAAAACGCACCCAAUAAUACAGACUAG